CCCAGAUUUAGGGGGCAAAUAAGUGAAAUGGGAUUUUUUUAGGGGUCUGAAAUUUUUAGGGGUAUUUUCAGGGAUUUUUUGACUCUUUAAUAUUUUUAAAUUGAUGAUAAUUUUAAUUUCUUUCUUGACCUAGCGACUUAUAACGACAUAUAAUACGUCAUUCUACAACCACUCUGAGGCAACUGGCGACAAUUUUUAUCGAAUAAAAAAAGUUGUUAAAUUUAUUCAUUGUCAACAUGUAUGAUUUCAAAAAAUCUGAAUCUUCAGAUAGAGACGUAAUAUUUUGUCUGUAUUAAAUAUAGACUUUUGAAACAUAUUACAGCAUAUUAUUUCUAAAUUAUUAUGAAUUUAUAUUUUUUAGGGGGACAACUCAAUAAUUAAGGCGAUUUUAGGGGUUUUUGACACAAACUUUAGGGAUAAAUAUUUUGGAGAGUUGGUAACACUGACUUGAUUUGUCAUUUGAUUUCUAAAUUUCUAAUUAAUAAAGUGAUAGAUCUCGUCUCGAUUUGUUUUCUGUGAUUUGGAGAUUUGGUUCCCAACUUCCUAAUAACUCCUGAAAUUGUGAAAGAAUAAUAAAAUUGAAUACAGUACAGUGUCUUUUAACCAUAUUCCCUUAACAAGUCGUCCACCGAUAAGUUAUCAAUUAUUUUAAAACUUUAUAAUGACUACCACCGGUUUAAAGCCCAUGCCUCUAAAAACUUACAAUGCAAUCGUUAAAGAUUUUAACAGGAUCACUUCAUUUAAUAGGAAAUCUGAAAAUGAACUUCGCAAGAAAUACAAAGAAGUUCCACCUUCCACAAUGGGCAGUAUAAUUUCAUUGCUCGUACAAAGAUCUAUGAAGCAAAGCUAUCGAAAAUCUCCAGUUAUAUCAAGCAAAUAUUAUGAGCUUUAUGAAGAACUAAUGAAAGACAAAAAUCAAGGGGAUGUUAUAAAUAGGUUAGCAGAAAGUCAAGGCAUUAGUCCAGCUCUAUUUGCUAGGUCACUUCUACAGAAUGUUUCAUCUGACUCUGCGGUGGUAAAGAAGUACUUUAAAGACACAACACUAAUUGAAAACAAAGAUUUAGCUUACCAAGUUUUUCUGGGUAUCAUGAAUGACAAUCAGUACGGUCCCUAUGCAGAUAUAAUCAAACAAUCAAUAGGACUAGAAUAUGAAUUAAGAUUGGAAAGAGAAUUAAGAAUGAUGAAUAUCUCUUUUUCUGAUGAAAAUUUACUGAGGUUAAGAGGCUAUGACAAAACACCAGAUUUCAAAUUGGAUGUUCCCAUUGCUGUUGACAACUUUAUCAUAAACUGGAUAGAGAGUAAAGCUCUGUUUGGUGAUGAGGAGAACCAUUUGGGAUAUAUGAAAGAGCAGCUUAUGUGCUAUUGGAACAGAUUUGGUCCCGGGAUGGUUAUAUAUUGGUUUGGAUAUUUAGAGGCUUUAGAUUCCACACCAGAAGUAAACAAUAUGUUCAUUUUACGUACAAAUUUCCCUGAUAAAUCGAGUAUUACACAAUAUAAAAUUGAUCUGUAAAAUAAAUAUUUUGUUAAUAGUUGUGAGUUGUAACAUUA